GACAGACAUGCUGCCUGCUGUUGUAAAGCUCUGCUGUGGAAUUUCCUACCCACAUAUAAAGAACAUAGCAGGACUUCAACGCACUGCCAUGGCAGUGAUAGGUCAGGAGAUCACGCACCUGCAGCAGUGGGGACAAAUCGAGAACCACAAGAGACAGCAAACUGGUUUAAAUCAUAAUGAGGCCAAGCUAAAAGAUAUAAAACCUGUGCCAGCAAAAGAAGAUCAGCUGUACGUACAACAUGGACAAGAAGCAAUGAGGAAGGCUCUCUCUGUUUUGGAGGAGAAAGAAGGAUGGAAGUUGGAGGUUGCUGAGAGUAAUGGCGAUACGAUCUGUAGCAAAGUGAUUCCAGGGGGCAGGAAAGUCUUUAGGCUGGAGGCAGUGUUGGACGCCAGUGUGGAUGAGCUCUAUAACAUCCUGUUUGUCAGAGUUGAAGAAUUACACCAGUGGAACCCAAGCAUACAGCAAAUCAAAGUUCUAAAACGUAUUGGUCUACAAACAAUUGUCAUCCACGAAGUUUCAACUGGGACAGCAGGAAAUGUGAUUGGAAAGAGGGAUUUCCUGAGUGUCAGACACACCUGCAAACAAAGGUCCAGCGUUUAUAUUGGAGGAGCAGCAGUUCAGCUGGAGUCAUUACCCCCUCAGGCAGGCUUUGUAAGAGCUGAGCAUGGACCAACCUGCAUCAUCAUACAGGCCCUGGAUGAAGAUUCAACGAAAAGUCGCUUCACGUGGCUUCUUAAUAUGGAAGUAAAGGGCUGGCUGCCAAAGUCUAUUGUCAAUCAGGCUUUGCCUCGGGUGCAGCUGGAUUUCACCAGACACCUCCGCAGACGUCUCAGCCUUGGCUGACUCAGUCACUCGGUCUGUGUGACACCCACACCACAGUACCACCUUGUCAUUGCUCACAGAAGAAGAUGGGUGGCACAGUGAAUGCCUGGUUACUCGGCGAAAUGAUAACAGUUUUAAGGAGAUAGGAAAUGCAGCGUCUUAUUUUUACACAGCAGAGCUGGCAGAGAUCAGUGCCAGCCUGGCAGAAGAAGACUGGCAAUUAUUGUCACAUUGUGCCACUCAAACCUCAUUAAGAUUUGAUUAAGAGGCAUCACUUGUCUCUUGAUACACCCUGUAUAUGACUGGACGUAGUUAAUAAAGUGCUUGAAUGUGU